AUGUCUCGAUGUUUGCUUCAAAACGCGAAACUAACGCCACAUCGUCUCUCGAAUUCUUUUGUUCGACCUUGCAAGGUGCAAUGCUGUAAGACGCCAUCACGAAGACUCGCAUCAACUUCCUCGGCGACAGAGCCUAAUAACUUCGUCAGGGUUGUAGAAUGCGGUGCUCGUGAUGGACUACAAAAUGAGCCAAAUAUAGUGGAUGUCGAAACAAAGCUUGAGCUGAUUGACCGGCUUGCUCUCGCCGGCUUAAAGUCCAUUGAAAGCGGGUCUAUGGUCUCGAAGAAGAGUGUUCCACAAAUGGGCACGACCAGAGAGGUCCUAUUCGGCCUCAAGAAGCGUCCAGGUGUCUCUUAUCCGGUAUUGGUUCCCAACCUCAGAGGAAUGACCGACUUUUUGGACCUACAGAAUGGUGUGCCUAUCGUUGAUGAAGUUUCGAUAUUCACGGCAGCCUCGGAUUCAUUCAGCAAAGCAAACACUAAGAUGACAGUAGAAGAAUCUCUGGCAACCCUCGAAAAGGUAGUCAUGUUAGCAAAAGAGAAAGGGCUCCGGAUAAGAGGUUACGUCUCUACUGUGAUUACAUGCCCUUUCGAGGGAGCUAUCAAACCUUCAAGGGUGACCGCUGUUGCGAAACAGCUCUUGGACAUGGGCUGUUAUGAGAUUAGUCUCGGCGACACAGUCGGAACUGGCACAGAGACAACGGUUCGGUCUCUCAUGGAUGAUGUAACAAGGCAACUCCCCGUCGAGAAAUUAGCUAAUCAUGAUACAUUUGGAAUGGCUGUGGCCAACUAUGGAAUCCGUACAGUUGACGGAAGUGCAACUGGCAAUGCGGCUACUGAAGAUCUUGUCCAUGCCCUUCAUGGUGCAGGAUACGACACAGGCAUCGAUAUGAAGAAAUUGGUUCAGACAGGCGAGUGGAUAAGCGAGAGGCUCGCCCGAAGAAACGAAAGCCGUGCAGGAAGGGGAUGGAGUGCUCGUUGGAAGAGAGAACAAAAACUCGCAGGGAAAUCAGCAGUCUCUUAG